AUGCUGGACACAGAGGUGACAGGCAGCCAGUGGACAAGGCAGAGUCCAGGCUCCAGCCGACCAGAGCUGCUCUGUGCUGCCGAGAUGAGGACAGGCGCUGUCCUGCUGGUCUUGCUGCUGCUUGGGGUGUCAGUGGAGGAGGUUCACAAGCGCCCCCUGACCAGGCCCCAGAGGGAGCUGGCUCAACACCACGGGGACGAGGAUGACGAGGGUGAGGACGUUGGGGUGAACGGCUAUGACGAUGAUGAUGAGGAGGAGGAGGAGGAGGCCGUCAUGACGGGCCCUGGGGACAGAGCCCAGCUGCGAUGCUACUUCUGCAAGACUGUGCAUAAGGAGGAGCCGUGCACAGAGCUGCAGUCCUGCGGCCCCAGCCAGCCCUCCUGUGAGAUGGUCAUCACCCAGAGCGAGACCGAGUCAAGAUCUUUGGCCACCUACUCCGGGUGGUGCGCAGACACUUGUCAGCCCAUCAUCAGGACCUUCGUGGGCACCCGGCUGACCGUGUCCUGCUGCAACACCGCUCUGUGCAAUAGGCCACCCUGGCAGACCCCAGGACCCCAGGACUCCCUGGAGGAUGAGGUCAGAAGGCAGCCGGGGAGCGAGGCCCGAGGGCAGCCAGAGAGCAAGGAGAGAGGACGGCCAGGCAGCACAUCUGGGAAGCGGCCGGGAAGCACGACCCGAGGGCGGCUGGACAGCAUAGCCAAAGGACAGCCUGGGAGCAGGGCUAGGGGUUCCCAGGGCAGUGCCCCCACUGUAGGCACAGCCCUUCUGCUCAGCCUCCUGGCUGGCCGGCCAGCAGUCGGGUCCUGA